CACGGACGGACGGACGGGUCCACAAGUGCCGAGGCGCACGAACACACGCAGGAAUCAUGGAGAAAAGAUCCACGCACAGGAGGACUUUAUCUCGAGACGGACUGCGACUUUUGCCGGCCGUUGUGGUGUUUAUUGGACUGGCCGGUGUGAGCGGGAAGGUGAUCGUUCCUGAAAACGUGAACGCGGUCCUGGGGAAGAACAUCACGAUUGGCUGCAGAAUAGAGCUCGGUCCAGACCUCAAUCUCACUCAGAGCUCCUGGGAACGGCGUCUUCCUUCAGGCACCAUUACCCUGGCAGUGUUCCACCCUGAGUACGGAAUCUCAUACUCUCCAGAAUAUGGCAAACGCAUCGCAUUUGUUGCCCCUUCAAAACGGGAUGCCACCAUUACCCUUGAAGGAGUCGGUUUUGCAGAUAUUGGGUCGUACACCUGCAAAGUGGCAACAUUUCCUCUGGGCAACACACAAGCUUCAACUAUCAUUAAUGUGUUAGUGGAGCCCAAGGUGUUCGUGUCGGCGGGCCCAGCAGCUCUGCUUGACGGGGGGAACGAGUCACUCGUGGCCACCUGCAUCGCAGAGCGCGGCCGCCCCGCUGCAAAGGUUUUCUGGGAGUCGGAGCUUUACGGGCGAUCCGAGAGCCAGAGCCAGGACGAGCCCAACAGCACCACCACUGUGCACGUGCGCUACAUGUGGCAGCCCCAGAGCUACGCCCAGGGGAAGACGCUCACCUGUGUGGUCCGGCACCCGGCCCUGCAGACGGAGUUCCGCAUACCUUACACGCUAAAUGUUCAGUUUGCACCAAUUGUAUCAGUGGCAGGAGUUGACAAAAACUGGUAUGUGGGUCGAACAAAUGUGAAAUUCACGUGCGACGCCAAAGCCAACCCACCUGCCCGUCGCUUCACAUGGAUCAGGUUGGACGGGCCGAUGCCUGAGGGUGUGGAGGUCUCAAACAAUAGCCUCGCUUUCACCCGCUCGCUGGAGCGCAAUGAUUCUGCAAUCUAUCGCUGUGAAGUGGUGAACGACAUCGGCCUGCACAGUCAGGAUGUGAAUUUCUGGGUUCAAGAUCCUCCCCCCACCACUGCAGCCCCGAGCACCACGGCAUCCCCCCUCCACCACACCUCCGGAACCGGCACUGCUGCGGAUCAGAGGAAAGCCCUGUUCACCGCCCCCACCCUGGCCUCCAUCAGCGACAGCAGCCUGGGCACGAUCGUCGGCGGAGCCGUGGGCGGAGUUCUGUUCCUGAUCCUUCUUCUGAUCCUCGGCGGGGCGUGUUACAUGCGCCAGCGGAGAACCUUCAGGGGGGACUACUACACCAAGCAGUACCUGGGACCCUCCGACAUGCAGAAAGAGUCUCAGCUGGACGUGCUGCAGCCGCACGAGCUGCAGGAGGUUUACGGCGACAAAAUGAGCAAAGGCAGCCAGGAGCUGAAGCCCAAACUGGGCGGAGACAUUAUUUACCCCGACUAUACCCCUGAACGGAAGAACAUGGACGACUGGGCAGACAGGGGGGACGGCCACAGGGGCAUCAAGGAGGGAAACUACUACCCAGAUCACUACAACACCCAAAACAUGCAUCCCUGUGGGCCUCCUGUGCACAGUCCCAUCGUGAACAACGGCUCCCCCUACCUACCGGAGGACUGCUAUGACAACGGUACGGACAGCGACUACGUGUCCCACAUGGACGGAUCUGUGAUUUCACGCAGAGAGUGGUAUGUUUGAGGAAGAUGCAAAUUACAAAAUGGACAAGUGACUGAGAAUAAGUUAACAAAUGACAGAUAUUUCAUGAAAGAAUGUGUCAUUUCAGUUAAAAAAAAAAAGAGAGAAAACAAUGACAUUUCUCAGCUCAGUUUCACAAUGAGCUCUUUAAAUAAUACUGCUCUGCCUUGAUUGUAACCACUUAACCUUAAGGGUGUGUUUGUGGAUUGUAUUACACUUUUGUAGCAUUUCAAAGAGCUA